GGCUGGAGUAACAUGUUGGGCUUUUUUCUGUAUGCUUGAAGGCUUUGUUUGGAUAAACUUGAUUCUUCAUAAAGGCAGAAUGCCAUUUCGCACAGAAUGCUAAUAUUACACCACAAAAAGGUGUCAUACUUUCGGAAUAAGGUUUUUUGAGCUGUCGCACCCCGAAUGAAGGCAAUCACGUUUUGUGGAACGGACCUACACUCAUGAGGUGUACAAAUCAACAACAUGGAUGCUCUAUGGUCUGAACCAAGAUGACAAACCGGACCAAAUUCCCUCCUUCCUUUCUUACCUUGUACAUUAAAAGCCCUCGUCAUUUACACUGCGUAACUGUUUACCAUUGAAAGGCAACUCAAUAGAAUAGCUUGCUGUAGUGUAGACUAUCCAACAGUCUUUUUCAGACGGACUGCCAGAUCCUGAUCCUGGCAGUUGGUCCUCUGUCUGCAUUGAUCUAUUCAAAUGUUUAAGUGUUGCAGCUGUCGCAAAUUCGCAUAGCUUUUGGUAUGAAUAUUUUUAAUGUGAAAUACUAGUGAGUAUUUUCGUUUCUUUGUCACGUCGCCCGGUUUGUAAAGGCCUUUAGGUGUCUGGAUGGGUCAACAAAGCGUCUAAUGUGACACUGACAAUGGCGAUUGUGGUUUGAAUCCCAACUUUGUUGUCAUUGUUAAAUGAAGCCCAUCUUUGCCUGACCUUAAAGAGUUAUUCCUCCAUGUUUAUUAAUCCUGGUUACCCAUCCAACGAGUGUUGACAACAUGCUUAUUCCCACACCCUGUGUAGCUGUGAAGUAAGAUAGCACUAUAAUACCUGACUGCAUCACAGCUGGGUGUGCUGGGUCACAGGUUCAAGAUACUUCCACCCUUCAACCCAUAGAGACCGGUGCAGCAAUGUUUGUCCUCCUUCUAAAAUCUAUUGUGAAGUCACUCUUGGCAUAUGCAUAGUGGAAGACACAGGGCCCGUAUCUGUCAAGCCCUCUCACAACCACCCCUAGGAAUAUAAGUAAAAGUGAACAUAGGACUAAAAAACCCACCUACCUCGGAGAGUUACCGAGGCACCUUCCUGCACUGACUAUCAGCGAGGUGAUAGAUUAAUCCUAGAGACGGUGAGGUGUCGUUGUUCUGUCACACUCUCAGCCGCACUGUAGAAGAUAUGAUAAUGUGGUGAAGUUUUCUGACAAGCAGUGGAGUAUUGGAAAAGGGUAGAAAUGCAGAAAAUAGCACUUUAUGUGUCGAUGUCAUGUGUGCUGUUUAAUAUUUCAUAUCCAAAAGUUACAAUAUGAAAAUGUACCAAUAAGCCAUUGACUUAGUACUUCAAGUAGACAUCAAAUGAUCCCUAUCAGCACAUAUGUGUACAGUCCCUGUAGUAGUUUGGCAUCUUGCACAAAUCCUGCAGUAUUGCACAUGCAGAGAGGAUGUUGACGACACUCUGUGGGCUCGUUUUGUAAUGUAAUGUAAUUGAAGUGUAGCAGUUUCAAGUUUCAAAGAAAGUAGCCUCAUCAUGCUGGUGUCAAUCUUUUGUGGACUAAUGUGCAAUUUGGUUCUCACUCCCUGGUUGAGACAACAAACACAGGACCUUUACUCAGGGGACCGCUGUUCAUGUCCCAAGUUUUUUUUUACUAAUGACGCUGUGUCAAGUGACACUUCGCCCGUAGCUUAUGUUUCUCUACAUGCAUAUUUAUUUUUAUUAAAGCCUACUUUAUUUUAUUGUUUAAAACCUUAAUGCCACCAUUUCACAGCGUGAACUAUGACGUAACCACUUCUCGACUUUAACCUUGUGUUACAUGUUAACCGCGACGUUUCACAACAUUAACCACGUGUUUCAAUGCUAACCGUGACCACUUCACGACGUUAACCUUGUGUUACAAUGUUAACCGCAAGCAUUUCCCAACGAUAACUACGCACAAACCUGCAGCCUCAAAAUACUACGCAACCGGCACUGCAGACGCUGGGGGCUUCUGCCCAAGCAGCAUAUCAUGAGAAAUAGGGCUGAGAUACCGUCGAAUGCGCUCAGACUUGUCAAAAUGUACAUUCAUCUUUAUUUCACGGUGGGUUGUCUUUCAGUCAUUUUUUUACCAUUUUCUGCUGUCAGAAGGUACCAAAACUAUCUGAAAUGUGUGCUGAUGACGGAUGAGAAAGCUGUAUUUUAGAAUAGUUGCUGGGCUGACUCAUUCCACCAGAAUGAAUACACAGAAGUCCCUGUGGGCCUGCUGAAGGUGUCCCCCAUCACUUUACCUAACAAGGGUCGAAGGGAAGGUCUCGGGUACACGGUAGCUCAGUCCCGCCGUGACUUUCUUCAGGAGUUUGACGUGAUGAACGUUCUCCGUUCCCCCUCCCAGGUUUCCAGUUUGAAGGGUUGAACGUAGCGCUGAUGUGAUUAAUCACGCCUGGCUAAUGCUGCUAAUGCUCAAUGUAUCUUAUUACUUUCUUUCUCUCUCCAGCCAUUUGGAGGAGGUGGUGUUCGACUGCGGCUGUGAGAUCCGCUGGCUGCAGCUAUGGCAACAGAGAGGAGAGGCGUGGCUGAGCAGCCAACAGUUGUACUGUGCUGACGGCGACACCAAGAUACUGCUGCAGGAUAUGAACAUUAGCAGUUGUGACAUGCCAGACAUCAGCGUCAGCCACAGCAACCUCACUGUUGUCGAGGGUGACCGAGUGACGGCGAUCUGCAAUGGCUCUGGAUCCCCGUUACCCGAGGUGGACUGGCCCGUGAAUGGCUUGCACUCCAUAAAUGCGCAAGAGGCCAGAGUCUACGACAACAACAGCAUCCACUCCAUCAACAUAACGCUGGUCAAUGUGAGUCGAGAAGACAACAACUUCCUGCUGACCUGCACUGCCACCAACAUCGUGGGCAUGACCAACGCUUCCGUCCAGCUAACUGUUCACUUUCCUCCCUCCAUCGUGAAGCUGAAAGAGCCCGAACGCCGCCAUGACACCUGCAUAGAGUUCACUGUUCGAGGGUCGCCCCACCCGACGUUGCAGUGGUUCUACAGAGACAAGGAAGUAUCCCACACUGAGUAUGUGCGUCCUGAUAUGGAUAUUUACCAGGACUACAUAGAGGGCUGCCUGACCUUUAAGAACCCAACGCACCACAACAAUGGCAACUACACUCUGACGGCCAGCAACUACCUGGGAGUGGCCACCAGUAGUGUGUACGGGCACUUCCUCGACAAGCCCUUUGAUGGCCCAGACACAGAUUAUGAUUAUGUGACCCCGACAGCAGAGACUCACAAACCAGAGGAAGAUCAUUUUGGGGUCUCCAUAGCAGUAGGCCUGGCAGGGUUUGCCUGUGUGAUGCUCGUGGUUCUCUUCCUUCUCAUCAACAAAUACGGACGACGCUCCAAGUUUGGCAUGAAAGGUAAGAAGUGUCUCUAAAUCUAUUUGUUCCGUCUUCUCGAAGAUGUCUUGAAUCAGGCUCUUAGUGUGCGACACUGCUCUUGAAUGCCGCUUAAAGGAGCGAAUCGUGGACGGAAAGGCUGAAUCCGUCUGCUUUGCCAAUAUCUUUGUCGUAUUCAUACUUUGUUUGGUGGACUGAAUGGAAGGAUGAAGGAGUUACGAGUGACUGAAAGGAAAGAUUGCAAAAUAAUUAAAAGCUUGAAAGAUUGAAAGAUGAAAAGCACGAAGGGAGGAAGGACGUAGGGACAAAGAGAAGGGUGUGGGGAGGAAAGGAGGUCUCACUCAUAGCUUUGCGAACAUGGAAAGCAUAAUUUGAACCAACAAUAGUCCAGUAGGAGGAAAGGUAAGGCAAAAUGAUGGAAGGACAGAAAGAGGAAGGCAACAAAAGAAAGAAGGAAACAAGGAUGUUUUGGACGUUUGCUUUAUUUUUUUACUUUCUGUUUCCUAAUGGCCUUUCUUUCCACCAUGUUUCUGUCUCUCUGUGUGUUCCAGUCUUUGGUGUGGACUUGCGUCUAUGUCCUCACAUCCGUCUAAGCUUUCAAUAUGAAAAAGAGGAUGAAACCGCUUUAAGGAUUUACGCUCACCUGAAGGCAGAGUUGCUUGGAUCAGAGUUGAAUGUAUUAUCUAAUGAUGAACAACACAGGCCCUGCUCGGGUCAGCUAGUUUCUCUUUGAGGAGUUGUGUUGGUGUGAGCUGGAUUUAUUAAAGUCCACUGAAGUAAAGGAUUAAGCAUGGGGGUGUUUUUACAUCUCUCUCUCUUGCUCUGUCUGCUUGGUUUUAAGUCAUAAUGUUUGUCGCCAUAUACAGAAGCCGGUUCAUACUAUGGGUCAUCGGUUUUAGGCGCACCAUAAUGACAUCACAGCUUAUAACUGUAUCUUGGUAUCCUGAGAAAAUAAAAACUGCUCAUAUUUAAGAAAAAGUCUUAAAGGAGACAUAUGGUGUUUCUACCAGAACAUUUUCAGAUACUUUAAUCUUUAAACAACUCUUCUUAUUCUCAUACUUACUGUCUGAAUGUACUUGUAUUCACCCUCUGUCUGAAACGUUCUGUUUUUAGCGUCUGUCUCUUUAAGCCCCAAAAAGCCCAGUCUGCUCUGACUGGUCAGUGUUUUUCCGCAUCUUGGCUGUCUCGCUAUAUUACACUUUCUUUCCAUUCUAUACAAACAAAAGAUAGAACUAUAAACACCAUAUUGAAAACUCAAAUCUAAUGUAUUAACAAAAAGACUCCAAAUAGCUCAACAUUAGCACAAUUCCAUUGUCUUCACUCAAAUAGAAAUUCUAACUAAACCAAGACUGACAUCUGAAGGAUUUAACCGCACAUUGAAACAGCAGUCACAGCUUGAAAAGUAGAAAGUUAAAUUGACUGAUAUUCCAACCUGCAUUUCACAGAAAUGGUACACUACAAACAAUGCGAGAGCUUUCUGACUUGUGUGAAAUACACAUUUGAAAGUUAGAAUGAAAGCUCUUAAGGCUCGGAGAAAGACUACUUGGAUUCUUUUUUACGUUAGUAAACUGAAUAGUGCCUCUUAGAAAUCCAAACCAAAGAAUUCUCAAGUAGCGACCAAGGCCUCAAAUGCAAAGACAAAAAAUGAAGGGCAGAUUUAGAUGCACAUCGCAAUGAAACGGGAUGAUUCUUACUAAUAAUGUUCUUCCUCAGAGGCUGAAGGAAUAUUUAAAUGGCAUUUUGCAGUCUCCAGGUUUUUUUUCGGGCGCCUUCAUUAAUUAUUUAAAUCUUCCGCCACACCAGAAUCUAACGUAAUUGACCUUCACACUGAUGAGCUGCUCCACACAUUCUCCAUGUCAUACAAUGAGAUCUCUUCCUGGUUCUCUCCCGUUUUUACUGAAAGCAGACAUCCGUACCACGUCUCCAAAUUAAUCAAAGAAACCGUGACCUUUCAGCCAGGAGAGCGUGAAACAAGAAGUCAGUGUUGAUGUAUUUGUUACGUAACUUGUGUACUUCAGUAAUGGCACUUCCGUAGACAUUUUAACCCAAACCUAACAAAGUAAGUUUGUUACCUAAACUUAAAUAAGUAGUCGUCGUUGCCAAAAUCUGACUAAUUUAUUUCUUGUGAAUACGUAACUUUAUUUUGAAAAGACUGUAUGCAUGUAACGAGCGGAAAUUGACACGUGUUGGUGGCUUUUGGUGGAAAAUGUACGAACAACGACAAUACGUUUUUCCAUGAUAUCAUACAAACAGUUGUAUUGCCAUACGUUAAGGUGGGAAACGUAGGACUCACUACAUUUUGGUUGCCCAAAACAGGUCGUUUUUGUUGUGGUUUGCUGCCACUUUUUUCCAUUAUUGUUGUUAGGCAACCACCGAAUAAAGUAAAUUACUGAAGAAAUAUAAGAGUAUUAUGAUGGACAUUUUUUUUCAAAAUAUACUUUAAAGCCCCGCUCUCUUUUGCUCUUAAUUCAAUUCAAUGUUUCUUUAUUGCCAUUAAAGUUUCAAUGAGUAUUUUGUUUGUAUUUCAAAUGUUAGAGUUUUAAUUUAGAAUUUAAGAUGACAGGUUAUUCCAUUGAAUGUUUUACAUUUUAGGAGGAAGUGCAUCUCUCUCUCUCUCUUUCUGUUUCCCUCUGUCUCUCUUUAACACA